AGCCAUCCCCCCCCCUCCCUUGUCCUCUGCUUUUUGAACAAAACGUCGGUAUGUUGUGUCUUGUGCCAAAAGGUCAUCCAAAGCAUUCCAUCGCAAUCAUUUGUCUGAUUUGUCGUCGGUCUUGUCAUUCUGUCCGUUUUUCACCGAGGGCUAAUUCUCAAAGUCACACCACGUUAAAGAUACUUGCGCUUAGUUUUGUGGCAAAAUGCACACGCGGAGCUUUGCACUGACGUGACCAAGCCGCCCGCAGCCGUCGAGCCGACUUUCUGGUGUCAAAAAAAAAAAAAAAAAAACGUUUUACAGUUUGUGUAAACACACCAGCCACUUUAGCAGGUUACAAAACGUUCCUGCCGUUUGAACGUUGGACUUUUUCUACUCAAAGCCCCGCCCCCCUCCCCCGUCAAGUGUUUUCAUUCAGCUCCGCCAGACCAGCACUCGUGCUGUCGUGCUUCUGUCUCGAGAACGCUGCCUCGUCACUCUUUUGCUGUGUGUAGAUUUGUAAACGCAAAUGAUGCCAUCGCUCUUGGAUAGAUGUCGCUCUUGAACGCUUCUCGUCACAGUCUUGUGUUAGCCUUAGACUCCUCGUAGACGCAAACCCUUGCCGUAGAUUUCCUGCCUCGUCCUUUUUCGCUUUCUCGGAGUGUGUCACUUUUUUAUAGUGUUGUUCGGCUUAGCGCCCUUGCCUCAUUUGUUUUUCAAGUCUGUUUCAUGCGUGUGCCUCUGAAGCGUGUCAGCAGCCAACCGCCACAUCUCUAAAAUCAUGUGAACCGGGUGCCGAAAGUUGUCCCGAUCCAAUCGGGAAACGGGGGGGACCGAUCAUGUCAUUUACAGCUGAUCGGUGUCACCCAAAUUUUUUUUCUUUUCUUGAGUUUUAAAGGUCACAAAGCGACAAAGAUCUUGCCAAAUGGAAAAGCAAUAGUUGGGUUUUAGAUUACUCAGAGUAAUGUUUCUGGGUUUUUAGUACCGGAAAGAAAGGGAUUAGAAAAAUAAGGCAGGGACUGAGAUGUGGAAACAUUUUUGUUUUGUAGCCAACUGUCAGGACAAUCCAAAAAAUUCUACUAAAUCAAUAUGGAAAGAGCGACCGACAGAUUAGCAAAUGUGACGCAUUGAAACCGUCUAACGUGCGUAAAUUAUUUUGUGACAAGCAAACUUAUGCUUUGGCCCGUCAUACGAAUAACUAAGACGCUCUUCUAAAUUAAAAUGUAAAUGUUUGGUGAAAUCAAACGUCAUUUAGGAUAGAAAUCCUGUACCGUCUACUACAUUAGUAUCGGAUCACACUCGGUAUCGACCGAUACUGGAAAUCAAGUGACUCGAAUGGGGGGUAAAAAAAAAUAAUGUGAUCGGGACAUCCCUACUCAGCACUUUUUUCCCCGCAUGUUGCUGUCAAGGGUGUAGUCACGCUGGCAGCUUGAGCACAUCUUGCUGUGUGUGUGUGUGUGCGUGUGUGUGUGUCUCCGUGUGUGUGUAGCUCUCCAAAACAAGCAACAUUGACAACCGUUGGCAUUUAAUUUCCUUUCAUCAACCGAAUUCCUUUCCCUGUAGCAUCCGAAAGGCACGUUUAGCUUUUGCGUUCCAGCUUGGACACCAGAAGUUCAGCAGCAGAAUGGUUUUUUUUUGGGUUUUUUCUAGCCCCCCUCCCCUGAAAACCACAUAAAACCUCUCAGACCUGUUCCUUAUGGUAACUACUGUCACGUCUCUAGUUUUAUAUUUCAAAUUUCCCCUGCAUGGUGCCCAUUCCUGCGUGUUGUGACAAGCUCUCCUUUGUCCCCAAAGACUUUGAUUUUGCCGUUAAUGAUUGGUGAGUUCAUGCGGGCUCUGCUUUUCGGCUCGAUUUCAUGUUCAGUACCGACCGGUUGCUUCCUGGGAGCAGGGAAGGAAAACACGGAUGAGCCUUGAAACUAAAGUUCAAAUCAGUGAGUGAGUGCAUGGUUGUAGCAUUGAAUUGUUUUUUUUUUCUCAAAAGCAUGUGACGGUGACCAUCAUUGACUUUUACCACAGUUCCCACAUGGAUUCUGACCCCCCCUUCCUUGUGAUUUUUUUUUUUUUCUUCGUUGGGCUCACUCCUCUGUUGUAGUUGAGCCACAGCAGCAAAGUGUCCCCAAAGAUGUUACGUUGUCAAUUUUGUUGUGAUUCUGCUGCCACCUAACGUUCACAUCAUGUACUGCAGCUUUAUGAAAAAAAAAUCUGGUAAAGUGGUGGCAUUUUUUGUAAUCAUCAUAACCUGCAUUAUGUUCAUUUAUGCUAUUUCGAAAUUGAGUUAAUAAUGAAAGAUAUCAGCACAGAUGUAAUAUUACUGCUCAUGUACCCCUUCCCGCUGUCAUACAGUUGAUGCCAAACGCUUUUUGAGCUGGUGCCACUUUUGAAUCUUGUCUCUUUGUACAUGAUUUCUAUUUAUUUAAUGCAGAAUUAUAUGGAUCGUAUCGAGCAUGGAAAGGUAAAACGACAAAAAUCACAGGCUUUUAUUUUACAGCAGUAUAUUUGUUUAUUCAGAGGAUUGGUUUUUCUGUCUUUUUGGAAGAAAUAAAGUCAUUUUCCAUUACUAGAGGCGUGUCUUGUCUUCAUCUUGUAGCAGCAUCACACGCAAUUAAAAGACUCAUUAACUUUGUGUCAGUCCAAUCGACUGAUGUGCGUUUUAGUUUUGUUGAGUCCGCAGCAAGUCUCCGAGGACCGGGCCUAGAGUGACAGCUGACCGCCCCCCCCAAAACAAGGAAUGUCCCCCCCGGCUUGCAGAUAAACUACAACAGCUGUAGCACGACAGGAAGAGGGAGAAACUUCUGGAGAAGCGGCUCCUGGACUACAAGAGGAAGUCGGAGCCACGGCGGGAGAGUCGACAUGGCGCUGCUGUGCUACAACAAAGGCUGCGGACAGACUUUUGAUGCAAACAACAACAAGGAUGAUUCCUGUCUCUUCCAUCCUGGAAACCCCAUUUUCCACGAUGCACUCAAGGGUUGGUCAUGCUGCCGCAAGAGGACAACAGACUUCUCGGAAUUUCUCUCCAUCAAGGGCUGCACCCGCGGGCACCAUAGCAACGAAAAGCCCCAAGAGCCUUUGCUGCCCGAAGUGUCGUCCGACAAGGCUGACAGUAAACACGGCAACGGCCAGGAGAUCAUCUACCAGGGACCCAAAUCUUCUGAAAAGCUACAGAGAGAGAGACCAUGUUCAGACGAACCCAAGACCAAAUUGCCCCUCAAGGUGGCGCCGUCCCUCGCGAAGGAGCUGGAGAAGCUGAACAUGAACGAGAAGGCGGAAAAGGAGAAGAAAGAGAGCCAAGAUGUGGUGCAAGGCACGCGAUGCAAGAAUUCAGGAUGCAAAACAAUCUAUCAGGGCUCAGAAACUGACCUGGAGGUCUGCACGCACCAUCCUGGUGCGCCGGUCUUCCAUGAGGGAUACAAGUACUGGAGCUGCUGCUGCAUUAGGACCGUAGACUUCAAUGCCUUCCUGGACCAGAAGGGCUGCACAGCCGGAAAACACCGUUGGGUCCCCAAGCAGGACAAGAAGAAGGUGGCGUGUCGACAUGACUGGCACCAGACGGCAAACAGCGUCGUGGUGACGAUCUACGCCAAAAACGCCAACGCAGAGUACAGCUGCAUCGAGGCCAACGGGACGGUGGUCUCCUGUCAUGUCCAGUUUGAGAGCGACAAGAUCUUCAAGAGAGACUUUCACCUUUGGGGGGUCAUCAGUGUCCAGCACAGUGUCGUCAACAUGGUCCCAUCCAAAGUGGAGAUUACUCUCCGCAAAGCUGACCAGGUGUCCUGGGGUAAACUGGAGGACCCCAACUACAAACCCGAGCCGGAACCCACGGCAGACGACGCCCAGGAGUCGCAACAUCCCGACUGGGAUAUCGACGAUGAUGACAUCAGCGACUCGGACGAGGAGUGGGCCUACGACACGGCGCCGACAAAGACGCAAGUGGAGGCGGGCGGAGGCGAACGACGGGCUGACGUGAAAGAGGUGCAGAAUGUAAAGAGGGAGGAGGUAGAGGAGGAGAUGAGGAACGCCAUAGAGAACGAGAGGAAAGCCGAGGAGAAGAUGGAGGAACUCAAGAAGCAGCAGGAAGAGGAGGGAUAUGAAGAUAUGCCUGAAUUGGAAUAAAACAUCCAGAGGAUAAUAAACAUAAAAAAAAAUUGUUACACUCACAAACCUCAAAAUCAUUUUAAUGCUAAAAUGUAAGUUCCAAUGAAACAGUGUUUGUGUAAUUGUCAGUUUGUGAUAAAUCACAAACAUUUGAUAUAAUGAUUGAUUAACAUCUACGAUAGCAUACAUAUUACUGCCACACCAGUAGAAUAACAUUAGUUUCACCUUGUAUAGUGGUAAAUUUCAAUUUAACUAAUUACUUUUUUUGCAGUAAAACGUUUCUGUAACAAUUGCAAAUAAAAUUCUUUAAUAAAUACACAAAAUA